AUCGCGAGUACGGUGGUGGGGCACAUCCCGAUAUCAUGCGAAAGCCAUAAUUCCCCCCUGCAGGGGAAGCACUAUACGCCGGAUGAGCCUCAGCUAUAGCUCAGGAUUGCCAAUGUGUGCCCCUCCGUGGCGAUGUGCAUAACGAUAAUAGCCAUUCAAGUGCAGUAUGACAUGAUCCUCCCAUUGCGUCCAUGACAAUGAUAGCGGUACCCCGCUCAGGCUUCCCGAUAUGAACAGGGCCAUCUGGUUGUACCAACAGACCGCAUUGCCGCAGCCCCUGCAACGGGCUGCACUGAUAUCCAGGCUGGGUUGCUCCUCAUUUCCCUCCUUCCUGGUAGAUUAACUUCUUUUUUUGUGCUUCAAUGGGAAACCUGGGAGCUCGUUGGCUGUCGAGCUCAUGGCGUCCACCGCUCACCCACCCCACCGUACUCGAGUGUGCAAUCGCCCUUGCACAGCGAAUCUAUAAGCGCUAAGCUCAUUGAGGGCAAGAUGUUCGCUUGGCCUUGUUCCUGAUGCCUGGAGUUCCUCGAACCCUUCUCCCCUCUGUCCUGCCGCUCGGUUGUGAUAGGAGGCUGUCGCCUACAGCUUCGAUCCCAUACUUGUAGCAUUGUGUACGAGCCCUCCAUCCAGCUAGGAUACGCGGGGGAAAGGGUACGGAAGGAGGGGUCCUCCUUUUUUUGCAAAAAAAUUUCUACCCACCUUGCUCCAAUUACUUAUCUCCCUUUCCUCUUACACUCCCUCUCCCCUCAUCCUCUUCUCCUAUCCUUCUCUGCAUUCUCCCAACACCCCCCAAUUCAAUCGUGGUUACUGGUGUUCUCUUUCAUCUAUUCCUGUACCACUUGUAUGAUAUCCGCCUUGGUGAGUCUCCCUCCUGCCUAUUUUUAAGCUUCGAGGCCCUUUUGGUGAUGAUUUUCGUUGCUCUGCUUGAGGGGUUAGCCCUCUUUUUUCCGUUGAGGAAGAAGCGUCGCUAACCUGGUUCUAAACCUCUUUGAUCAGCUUUCACCCAGUUCUUCUUCCCCGAAAAAGACAUAAACCGCUUUAUCUAGCUAGUAAAAAAAUAUGGCACCUAACAGAUGUGAGCUUAGGAUUCCCAGCCUUUUGGUUGCUUUUUCUGACGAUGCCUUUCCCAGCUGUCACCCACCGUCACUUUCAGGAUACUGGUAUCUGGAGGGAUGCUCCCGUCUACAAAGGAGCAACCAAAUUCCCUCCUCUCGAGGAUGCGAAAAACAUCCUAAUUACUGGUGGAGCUGGUUUCAUGUUUGUCAACCCUCUCGUUCCUGUCUACUUUUUUGUUUUUGUAUCCCGGAGAUUUCCAUCCGAUUCGGAACUGACAAUGGAUCAGAGCUUGCUGGCUUGUACGCCAUCUCACCCUCACUUAUCCGGAGUACAACAUCAUCUCGUAUGAUAAGCUCGACUACUGUGCUUCUCUGAACAAUACCCGUUGUCUGAGUACUGCUCCAAACUUCACGUUCGUCCAUGGCGAUAUCACUUCUCCCGAGGAAGUUCAGAAUGCUUUCCGUAAAUACAACAUUGAUACGGUUUUCCACUUUGCUGCACAAUCCCAUGUUGAUUUGUCGUUUGGAAAUUCUUACGAGUUUACUUCGACCAACGUCUAUGGUACUCACGUAUUGCUCGAGUGCGCCAAGAAUCACGGCUCGUUGAAGAGAUUCAUCCACAUAUCCACGGAUGAGGUGUAUGGCGAGGUCGAUGAGGACGGUGAAGAUCUGAUUGAGCAGAGCAUCCUGGCUCCCACCAAUCCCUACGCUGCUAGUAAGGCAGCUGCGGAAAUGUUGGUGCACUCCUACUACAAGAGUUUCAAGCUCCCUGUCAUCAUUGUCCGAAGCAACAAUGUGUACGGGCCUCACCAAUUCCCGGAGAGUAAGACGAUCCCUCCCUGGAUCUGCGUAUUUGGGUUUCUAACGCGUGUCAUCAAUGUGCAGAGGUUAUUCCUAAAUUCUCCUGCCUCCUCCACCGUGGAGAAAAACUACUUCUCCACGGUGACGGGAAGCACACCCGUCGUUAUCUCUUUGCUGGUGAUGCUGCCGAUGCUUUCGAUACCAUCCUCCACAAGGGUUUGAUCGGGCAAAUCUACAAUGUCGGUUCCACCGAUGAGAUUUCCAACCUUGAGCUCUGUGCCCUUCUCCUGAAGCAAUUCGGCCGCGACCCUGCUGUGGACUUUGAUUCAUUUGUCAAGCACACCAUUGAUCGUCCAUUCAACGACCGCAGAUAUGCCGUCGAUGCUACCAAACUGAAGAAUUUAGGUUGGGUACAGAAGACCACAUUCGCUGAGGGGUUAAAAGCUACUGUCGAUUGGUACAGAAAGUUUGGGGGUGAGUGGUGGGGAAACAUUGACCUAGUCCUUGUGCCCUUCCCAGUCGUCAAGGAUUCGGAGGUCGUGGACGCCGAUAAUAGUGGUUCCAAGAACUCGUAAAUGUUGCCAUCGUUCUUUCUUCUUUUUCAAUAUACUUGUAGCGCUUUAGAGUUUUGGGUUGGAACAGCUUGUUUUCGGAUUCGGCAGCUUCGGUCCGGCGGGUUUUUGCGAGUAUACUGAAGUGGAACGUUGCACGGUUUUUCCUUACAUUUAAGCUAUUUAGUGCUGGUCAAUAAAAAAAUCUCAUUUCC